CUCGACCUACUAGUAAAAGUUGGGUAGAGUACGGCUGAGGAGAUCUCAUGACGUGCGGCACUCGUCAUAUACUUUGUCGAGUAAAGAAAAUAAACCGGAACAAAGAAACCGAAGAUAGUCGAAGUUGCUGUCUCCAACAUCCUACGGUCCUUUUGGAAAUUCACCGACCCUCAUCGCCUGUCUGUACCACCUCACCGCCACCCCGCCUCUCUAAUGCUGGGUAUUGCCAUUUGACUCUUGCUAAUAAAUUGAAGCGUUGAAGCUUCCUUCCUUCAUUGCCAAUUGAAUCUCAACUCCUUUGAAAAUGAUGUUCAACUUUAGUUUGUUGUUGUUUUCCCUAGCCCUUGUGGCCAGCACAAUUGGUGUACCAGAUACACAAGCAGAGGACUUCUCGGUCCUAGACAAAUCAAAUUAUAAAUGGAAUGAGUCAACCUGGUCCUUGACAACUGAGAAGUUUCGUCCAGGUCAAUACCAAUCACGUCUUUCUCUUUCCAACGGGUAAGCAUCGAUUCGAUUCUACCAAACACAGAUAUAGAAUUAAUAAUUUCACCAGGUACCAUGGAGGAUCGCUCGCCGCAAUCGGACCCUUCUUUGAACGUGAAGUAAACCAGACGGAUCCAGAUGGAAAGCAACCAACGAACGGUUGGCCUCUAUUCACAGACCGAAUAUCUUUCUACACCAUCUCGGGGUUCUACGGCAUCCAGCCCAAUGGGUCUGGUACGAAUUAUCCGGAAUUAAAUGAGAAUGGAUGGGAGAGUUUUAUUUCCGGACUCCCUCAUCCCACCUCUGUUUUGUUUUCCUUUGGAGGUCAUACUCUUGAUGCUACAGUCAACAGAUCGGCCAUUUCGAAUUUCGCUUCUACGGUCUCGUUCAAGACGGGUGUUGGAGAAUGGUCUUUCACUUGGAGUCCCGACAAUUGCACAUCUUCCUUCAACGUCACUUAUCAGACUAUAUUCAGUAGAGAGAGAGCCAAUGUUGCAGCUGUCAAAGCCAACAUAACCUCGACAAGUGAUAUCAAUGGAACCGUCACGGAUUUGCUCGAUGGGAGAAGUGCGGUCCGAACUGAUUUUAAUGAGAAGGGAUUGAGUGACAAUGGUGUUAUUUACACUUCUGUGCAUCCUACGGGUUUACCUAAUAUCACUGCUUACAUUGUUUCCGGUCUCAAUGUCUCAAAUCCGUGGACAGAUACUGCUUCACGAGCUCCAGCAAGCGGGCCAAAUAUCCCACUCUACAAUUCGACAAUCGGGCAGAGCUACGCAAUUAGUCUCAAAGCUGGACAGACCGUGGAGUUCUUCAAGUAUGUUGGUGUAGCAUCGACUGACAAAUUUACCGAUGCCAAAACCACUGCUCAAACCGAACAAGCCCGGGCACAGAGCAGUGGUUGGGACGCACUUCUUCAAGAACAUAUCACGAGCUGGUCCAACAUCAUAUCUACCGACUCUGUGGACGACUUUACAGACCCAACGACAGGAGCAUUGCCCACCGACCCCGAUAUCUUGGCUUUGCACAUCCAAUCCAAAGCAAACUCAUAUUAUUUGCUUCAAAGUCUCCAACCAGAUGGUAGUGGAUUGAACGAUAAUAGCAUCUCGGUUGGCGGUCUUCCUUCGAAUAGUUACGCUGGACUCAUCUUUUGGGAUGCGGAUUAUUGGAUGUCUCCUGGUCUCAUUCUUACUCAUCCGAAUUGGGUAAAGCAGAUUGCCAACUUUCGGGUGAAGCAACAUCAGCAAGCUCUGGAUAAUGCGGCCUUUAAUAAGUAUCCGAAUGGGAGUUCGUUGUAUUCUUGGACUGCGGGUCGUUAUGGGAAUUGUACUGGGACUGGGCCUUGUGUGGAUUAUGGUAAGAUCUCUUCUUUUCCGCGGACUCUUUCGUGUUUUUUGUUGGGAAAAUUAAGAGGGAGCGUUUUCUCUGUGUCUGCUUAGGGGUUGUUAUAUUUACAGUAAGUAGCAAUGCUAACAAUUCGCAGAGUACCACCUCAAUUACGAUAUCACUGCUAAUAUCCUACAACUUUAUAAUGUCACGGACAACAAGACAUGGCUUGAUAACGGCCCAAGAAAAGUUCUUGAGAGCACAGCGGUCAUGACCAACCAUUUGUUGACCUACAACACAACCACAAAGACGUAUUGGAUCAAAAACAUGACCGAUCCCGACGAGUACGCAAAUAACAAGGACAAUGGAGUUUUCACCAUCGCUUCAGCAUCCGAUCUCCUGAAGCAAACGAACUCGCUGCGAAGUCGAGACGGUCUCCCCAUCAAUGAGACAUGGCAGGACCUAAGCGAGCAAAUUGCUUUCCCUGUGGCGGCUUCAGGCAUUUCUAAAGAGUAUGAGACGAUGAACAACUCAGUCAAAGUGAAGCAAGCAGAUGUGGUACUUCUGAACUUCCCUCUGAAUUACAUGCAAAACUACAGCACGGAGGCCAAACUCAAAGACCUCGAUUACUACUCGAACAAACAAUCAGCCGAGGGUCCAGCGAUGACAUACUCAAGUUUUUCCAUCAACGCAAACCAAUUAUCACCCUCUGGAUGCGCAGCCUAUCCAUACUUCCUUGCAGGUGUACUUUCAUACUCUAGAGGUCCAUGGUUUCAAUUCUCGGAACAGUCAGUUGACGAUGUCAAGACGAACGGCAACCAAAACCCAGCUUUCCCAUUCUUAACAGGACACGGGGGCGCGAACCAGGUCGUCCUCUUCGGUUUCUUGGGCGUACGAACAGAUCAAAGACUCUUAUUCCUCGACCCUUCCCUCCCGCCUCAAAUCCCACACAUCAAAGUCCGAAACUUCCACUACAAAGGCGUCACCCUCUCCGCCUCCAUGAACAACACCCACACAAAACUCACUCGUCUCACCACUCCCCCCGCAGUAGGCGUCCCCGACGCCUACGCCAACACCAGUUUCCCCUUCAUCCUCGGUUCCCCUGCGAACCCAGAAAACACACACACCUCCUACACCAUCGCACUCAACCAAACCCUCGAGCUCCCAAAUAGGUUAUACUGGCAAAACCUCACAGUACCAGACAACCUCCUCCAAUGCCUCCCCGUGACUUCCCCAUCCCCCUACGUCCCCGGCCAGUUCCCCUCCGCCGCCACCGACGGCGCAACCGCCACGCGCUGGCAACCCGCCAGCAACCACACCGCCGAGCUGCUCAUCAACAUGACCACCAUCCCACCGCAGCCCAUUCGAGGGAUCUACUUCGACUGGGGCGCGCGCCCGCCCGUCAAAGCGACGGUGUACCUGGGGAACAUGACGGAUGGGGAGCUGGUGGUGAAUCGCGCGACGGCGUUUGUGGUGCGUGAUGUGGGGGUUGAGAGGCCGUUUAAUGCGUCCGAGGCGUUGGCGAGUGGUGAUGAGAUUGUGCCGGUGGUGGGGAAUACGACGAGGUAUUUGGAUGUUGGGGGCGCGUGGACGGGGGGGUUUGCGAUGCUUGCUGUGGAGGGGUGUAGGGAGGAGGACGGGGUUGGGGCUACGGUUGGGGNCGACGAGGUAUUUGGAUGUUGGGGGCGCGUGGACGGGGGGGUUUGCGAUGCUUGCUGUGGAGGGGUGUAGGGAGGAGGACGGGGUUGGGGCUACGGUUGGGGAGUUUGUGAUUUUGAAGGCUUGA